AUGGCUGUCACUACGGCUCAGCAAUUCGCAUUACUGUCACAGCCUUCGUCACCUGCAAACUCCGCUUCCUCGUCCCCCACACGCGGCAACGCGGCCGGACGUUCGGGAGGCGCCUCGCGCUUAGCGCCUCGCCUUGAAUCGGAGGCGCCAUCGACGAAGAGCGAUCGCGUCGCGCAACCAGAAAAAAACACAUCCGCUGUUAACGACGUUUCCUGCGGCGCGCGGCGCCAAAGCGCGGAACAAGAGCCGCCGUCAACGGAGCGCGCAAGCCACGGUCUGUCGCUGCAUCAGCUGCAGCAUCUCGUCGCUCUCACCGCCGCCAACGACAGCCCGCGCGACACGAGCAGCCCUUCUGCCUUCCCAUACGGGUCUGGGUCGUCGCGCGACGCGUCUCGAGAUCUAAGGAGUCGCAGGCUGUCGCUGGACGCGGCCCAGCGGCGACUCGAUUCGUGGAAUCGCGUGAGCAAGCCCCUGGCUGAUUACAGCCGCGAGAGUAUCGGAGCGCAGCACCGGCGGCUUAAGCGCAGCGGAAGCGAGCCCGCACUAGCAAGACAGGGGGAAGCUGAUUCUGAUGGCGGAAGCGCAAAGUUAUUGCAACCGCUGGAUGCGCUCGUUUCAGAGGCGCGGAAGCGAGUGUCCCGCCACUCGCUCCGCCGCUCCCGCAGCGCGCAUGCGCUGGGCGAAAAGGACACGGACGCGCUCUGGAACGACGCCAUGAAUGCGCUUUUCUGGCGGCGCGGCGGAGCGGUCAUUUACAGACGGCCGGAAGGCGCAACGCCGUCAUCACCGCCGGCAGCGGACUCCGCGAGCAAGUGCGACUGUCGCGGGUGCCGCGGCAGCAGGCAGCAGAUUUCGCCGACUGUGAGUUUGGCCGACUCUGCUCGUGCAGGCGGCGCGGCGGCUCUCCUCCCCGCAGGAAACGCAGCCGCCACGAACACAACGGCGAACGCAGCCGUGGGAAGCGGACGCCUAUCCCCACCGCCCGCGUCAGCCGCGACAGCGCAGAGCCGGCGACCAUGGAGUUCGGCGUCAGUAAACGCACGCGUAUCGCCGACGCAGGCGGCUAGCUACUCUCACGCGGGGCGCGAUGUGCGCACGGCGCAUCCGGCCGAGUACCGCGCGAUCUCACCUCGCUCGGUUGUCCCCACAGAUAUGUCGUCUGAAGCCCAAAGUCCCGUCGUUUUUUCGAAUGGAUUCAAACAGAGCCAGCAGCAGCAGCGGGCAGUCAGGGACCCGGUGAGAUCGGUGUUCGCGUGGGCAGCUGAGCGGAGAAUGGCCUCGCGGCGCGCGCUGAAUGCUCUGCAAUAA